AACGUUUUUCUGAUUGGUCGGAGAAGGAAUAGGCCGGUGUGCAAGCCCUCUAGCGGUCCCCCACUGAAAGCGAGAAGCCGCUGCCAUGGCGAGCGUCCACGAGAGCCUCUACUUCAACCCCAUGAUGACCAACGGCGUGGUGCACGCCAACGUCUUCGGCAUCAAGGACUGGGUCACCCCUUACAAGAUGGCGCUGAUGGUGCUGAUCGAGGAGCUGAGCCAGGCCGGGCCUCACCUCAGCCUGCUCGAGAGGCGGCGCCUCAACCGGCUCCUGCUGCCCUUGUUGCAGGGGCCUGAUAUGACGCUCACUCGAUUAAUUAAAGCGGUUGAAGAAUGCUGCCCUCAAAUAGCAAGUUCUGUUCACAUAAGGAUAAAGCUGAUGGCAAGUGGGGAACUGAAAGACAUGGAGGAAUUCUUCGAUGAGCUUUCGGAGGCGUUCAGUGGGACGGAACCUGAAGUUCACAAGACAAGUGUUGUGGGCCUCUUUCUGCGCCACAUGAUCCUGGCCUACAACAAGCUCUCCUUCAGCCAAGUGUACAAGCUUUACACAGCGCUCCAGCAGUACUUCCAAAGCGACGAGAAGAAAAACAGGCAGGAGGAGACGGAGAUGGAACUAACCCACUGUGAGGAACUGGAUGGCAAAAUGGAGAAGGAAGAAUUUGACGAGCCUCUCAGGGAGGAAGAAAUCUCUUGCAAUGGGCCACUCUCCCAGAAACAAGCAGAAUACUUUCUGUCCCAGCAGGCAUAUUUGUUGAAAAAUGACGAGACAAAAGUGCUGUCUCCAGCCUCUUUGCAGAAGGAGCUGAACAACUUGCUAAAAUUUAACCCAGAUUUUUCAGAAGCGCAUUACUUAAGCUACUUGAAUAGCCUCCGUGUCAAGGACGUCUUCAGUUCGACACACAGCCUCCUCCACUACUUUGACCGACUCAUCCUCACUGGGGCAGAAAGUAAAAGCAAUGGCGAUGAAGGUUACGGGCGCAGCCUGCGCUACGCGGCUCUGAACCUGGCAGCUUUGCACUGCCGCUUUGGACACUACCAGCAGGCUGCGCUCGCCCUGCAGGAAGCCAUCCGCAUUGCCCAGGAGUCCAACGACCAUGUCUGCCUGCAGCACUGCUUGAGCUGGCUGUACAUCUUGGAGCAGAAAAAAACAGACAGUGGCGUUCUCUUGGAACACUCUGUGAAGAAAUCUGUGUUUUUCGGAUUACCGUAUCUAGCUUCCCUGGGGAUCCAGUCCAUGGUUCAGCAAAGAGCUUUAGCCGGGAAGACGGCCAACAAGCUAAUGGAUGCCUUGAAGGACUCGGAUCUCCUGCACUGGAAACACAGCUUGUCCGAACUCAUCGAUAUCAGCAUUGCCCAAAAGACAGCUAUCUGGAGACUGUAUGGUCGCAGCACCAUGGUGCUCCAGCAGGUGCAGAUGCUGCUGAGCAUGAACUCACUGGAGGCCGUGAAUGUGGGUGUUCAGCAGAACAAUACCGAGUCCUUCGCUGUGGUCCUCUGCCACUUGGCUGAGCUGCAUGCAGAGCAGGGGUAUUUUGCUGCCGCCGCUGAUAUCCUAAAACACUUAAAACAGAGGUUUCCUCCCAACAGUCAGCAUGCUCAGCUUUGGAUGCUCUUUGAUCAGAAAAUCCAGUUUGACAGAGCCAUGAACGAUGGCAAGUACCAUGUGGCCGACUCACUGGUGGCCGGAAUUACAGCCCUGAACAGUGUCGAAGGGGUUUACAGAAAAGCUGUUGUACUUAAAGAGCAGAAUCAAAUGUCCGAGGCCCACCGACUCCUGCAGAAGCUUUUGAUUCACUGCCAGAAGACUAAAAACAUGGAGAUGGCGAUUCGUGUGCUCCUGGCCAUUGCCAAGCUCUACUGGAGGUCCAUGCGCCACACCACUGCUCUGCCGGUCCUACUCCAGGCCCUUGCUCUGGCUCGAGAAUACCGCCUCCAAUCCCUGGCCUCAGAAACAAUCCUUUGCUUGGCUUUCUCGCAGCUCAUGCUUGGGAUGCCCGAGCAAGCCCUGAGCAUGCUGAACACCACGAUUGAGCCCACCUUGGCUCACGGCUCAGUGCUGGACAAAGGAGCGGCCAUGUUCCUCGUGGCCAAGUGCCAGGUGGCCUCGGCAGUGGCCUUGGCCCCUCACAAGAAGGUUGAAGUCCUGGAGUCAGCGAUCCUGAACCUGAAUGAAGCCAAAACCUAUUUUGCAAGGGUGGACUGCAAGGACCAGCUCCGCGAUGUCUACUAUUACCAGGCCAGGCUUUUCCACAGCUUGGGCAAGACUCAGGAGAGGAAUUAUUGUGCCAUGUUCUUUCGGCAGCUGGACCAAGAGCUCCCCGCAUGUGGGGUUCCAUUGAUCAGUGGAUUCAAAUGAGACGCUCCCCUGCACCGUCUCCAACUCCUUUCUUUUGUUUAGUACAAACCGUGAUUUUUUAAAAAAUAAAAUAAAAUGUGUUUUUCUUGCUGA